CAUUUCUCCUGCUUCACUUAAUCUCCUAACAGCCUUAGCGCUAAAUGGAGAUGCUAAAAUAGCUUUAUUAGUUAGGGGGUGCUAAGGGAUUAGGUAGAGUAAAGAGCAAGUGUCUAGGAAGCAUGGAGAACAAGGGUUCAGGGAGGAUGAAGAACAAAGGUUCAAGGAGGACGGAGAACUGGGGUUCAGGGAGGACGGAGAACUGGGGUUCAGGGAGGACAGAGAACUGGGGUUCAGGGAGGACGGAGAACUGGGGUUCAGGGAGGAUGAAGAACAAAGGUUCAGGGAGGAUGGAGAACUGGGGUUCAGGGAAGAUGAAGAACAAAGGUUCAGGGAGGACGGAGAACUGGGGUUCAGGGAAGAUGAAGAACAAAGGUUCAGGGAGGACGGAGAACUGGGGUUCAGGGAAGAUGAAGAACAAAGGUUCAGGGAGGACGGAGAACUGGGGUUCAGGGAGGAUGGAGAACAAAGGUUCAGGGAGGACGGAGAACUGGGGUUCAGGGAGGAUGGAGAACAAAGGUUCAUGGAGGAUGGAGAACUGGGGUUCAGGGAGGAUGGAGAACAAAGUUUCAGGGAGGAUGGACAACAAAGGUUCAGAGAGGAUGGAGAACUGGGGUUCAGGGAGGUUGGAGAACAAGGGUUCAGGGAGGAUGGAGAACAAAGGUUCAGGGAUGAUGAAGAAAAUAGGGUUCAGGGUGGAUGAACACCUGCUUAAUUGACAUUCUGCCAGUUCUAGAACAGGAGGGUCCGACUGACUAUCUCUUGAAUCAUUACUGACAUCCCAUUACAAUCACUAUCAUGAUGCCUGACUUU